GAUCGGGAUACGACCGACAACAAAGUACAAGGUUAUUUUUAUUUAAUCUUGAAAUUCGCGUUUUGCUCAUAAUUCCGUCAAUAUUAUGAAUUACACAUGGCAGCGUGCUCUUGCCCACUCUAAUCGCUAAUAAAAAUUAAUUGUGAAGAAAAUGAUUUUCACAACAAUUCAUGAAUAUUCCGCAGUAAUAGUAGACUGUGCAUGAAAGCAUUGGGAUCUACUUCACCUCGCGGAGGGACUUUGCGAUGCAGACAAAUGAGGUUCUUCAGAGAUUAUGACGUUCACUAUUAUUAUUAUUUUGGCAUUAAUCUCGUGAUUUUCCGUUGAUAAGCCCGAAUUCCAUAUUUGAAUAUAAUGUCGAGAUGCAAAGGACACGAUGCUUUCAAAGCGCGUGCGUUUUUAAAACCAAUUAAUAUUAGUCACUCUGAUAGUCACCACUUCCUGGACAUACAGUGACGGUGAGGCUCAACGAUACGUGGUCAAUUAGGUGUAAACAAGAACCUGAUCACCAAAGCAUGGCGCCCAAGCAACACUGGUGUACUUAAUACUGAAAUUAUAUAUAAUAAUUACAAUAUUAUUAUAUGCAAUAUAUUAUAUAAUUAUAAUUGUAACAUUUUAUCAUCUCAAUUCCAUAAAGACGGAUGCAAUUCACCUGUAGCGGUUUGACUGCACAGCUGUAAUAAUCAUAAAAUGCCAAUUCCAAGUUCAUCCAUUACAGAUGGUAGUAAAAUAAAAGCAUAGGUAUUUAUACUUAAGAAUUAAUUGAUAAUGCGAUCGAUUUUAGUGCUUAAAUUUCCAUCAUAACGAGCGUGUGCUGGUUGUCGCUGAAUGCCAUACGCCAUCUCUUCAUCUACCCCAACGGUCUUGAUGAAUCUCUUCCAAAACAACAUGUCUCUUACCAAUGUUCUCCAUCUUUUUCUGCUGGCCUUGGCUGGAUUUGCCUCUGCCUGUGAACAAGGAGCUAACUCGGAGAAGAUAAGUGCAGUUACUAACGACGAAGUAGCCUCAAAGAUAUCGCAGGUGAAUCAUGCAAUUCAAGAGUGCAUCAAAGCAAACGAUGCAGCAUGUGUCUUGAAGUACUACCAUGAUGAUGUGCGCUUCAUGCCUGACGGACAGGCGACUGUGAUUGGGAAAAAAAAUGUCGAACCGUUUUUGGGCUGGGUCAAGGAUGAGCGGAAAUUAAAAUGGCGCUCUGAUGAGACAGGUGUCAUGGACCCCAAAGCUAACUUCGUCUUUGAACGCACACGGGAGAAGAUAUAUCUCAAAGAAGACACCUUGGUGUUAGAUGGCAAGGGCGUUAUCAUAUGGAAGAAAACUGACGAUGGGUACAAAAUAUACGUUCAAAUUUACAACUACAACACUCAGUCGCAGCAAACUCAGAAACCCUCCGGUGAUGGAGAAGGCGAAUAAGAAGCAAACAUACGUUCAUGCAUAUUGAGAAAACUAUAUCGGGUAAUAAACGUAGCAAGUAUUGAGGGACAUGUUUCAUUUUGUGCUUCUUGACAAGAGUUCAGUACUUUAAUAGUAGUCAAUCUGUCCACAGAUGUUAACUGUUAUUGGCUUAUGAAAUCCAUCUGCAAAAAUGAAUUCCAAGUCGGCACUAAAAGUAAAAUUUCCGAAAAAUUGUUGCAGCCCUCAAGAGCGUUAUCAUGUCUUUUCUUUGUAUUUACAGUAUUUAUUGCAAGAUAAUAAAUGCAUUUUUCAGUUUUUUUUUAAGUUAUAUAGGCCUUCCAUUUUUAAAUACAAUGAAGUUCUGAAACUACCAAACUGACUUAUGACAAUAGAAAAAAAAUAAUUGGAAUUGCUUUUAAAAACAGAAUGUUUGCAGUUUGUAUUUGCCUCGAUCGUUUCACAGCUUUUUUGGCAGUCUCGAAUUUUGGAGUUAGAUCUCGCCCGAGGUCAACUUAGUUAAAUGUGCCUCGGAAAAUAAAUGUCUGAAAGAAAUGUGGCACUGGAGAAACUAAAGAAAUAGAAAGUGAGGCAAAUGCUUUCCGUUCGAUAAUUUUGAAGCUGAUACCAGUCGGUCCGGGGGGUCUAGGAAUUUUUCCGGGGUGGGGGGGGGUCAGG